AUGACUGAGCGUCGUGCCAAGCGCCUCAAAAUCUCCAGAGGAGAGGAUGACUUUUUGCCUGGGAACAUAAUCGAAAUCGAGCUGCACAACUUCAUGACAUUCAACCACUUGGUAUGCAAACCAGGAUCACGCUUGAACCUUGUGAUUGGACCAAACGGAUCAGGCAAGAGCUCUCUCGUGUGCGCCAUUGCGCUUUGUCUCGGUGGUGAGCCUCAGCUUCUUGGGAGAGCCACUAGCGUUGGCGCAUACGUUAAGCGUGGGGAAGAUUCUGGCCACGUCAAGAUCUCUCUGAGAGGGAACACGGCGGAAGAGAAGCUCACGAUUUCACGGAAGAUCGACACACGUAACAAGUCGGAGUGGAUGUUCAACGGAAACACAGUUAGUAAGAGAGAGGUUGUUGAGAUAAUCCAGAAGUUCAACAUCCAAGUUAACAAUCUCACUCAGUUCCUGCCGCAAGAUAGGGUCUGCGAGUUUGCCAAGCUAACACCUGUGCAGCUCCUGGAAGAGACGGAGAAAGCUGUUGGUGAUCCGCAACUGCCAGUUCAUCAUCGAUCGCUUGUUGAGAAAAGCGGUGAGCUGAAGCAGCUUCAGAGAGCUGUGGCGAAGAAUGGAGAGACGCUGAAUCAGCUUAAGGCUCUUGUGGAUGAGCAGGAGAAGGAUGUGGAGCGUGUUAGGCAGAGAGAGCUGUUUUUGAGCAAGGUUGAUACCAUGAAGAAGAAACUGCCGUGGCUUAAGUAUGAUAAGAAAAAGGCUGAGUACACUGAUGCUAAGAAGAAAAUGAAGGAUGCUGUGAAGAAAGUGGAUGAAGCUGCAAGGAAUUUGAACAGCAUGAAGGAACCGAUUGAGAAACAAAAGAAGGAGAAAGCAGAGAUGGAUUCGAAAUGCAAAAAGGUUAAGAAUCUCCUGGAUGCUAAUGGAAGAAAGCGUUGUGACGUGCUCGAGAAAGAAGAUGAGGCGGAAGCACGUGUAGUGGCAACACACAAAGAACUGGAGGAAUUGAAGAAACAUGAAGAGCAUCGCCAAGAAAGGAUUGUGAAAGCUAGAAAGGAUCUGGAUGCUGCCGAACAAGAACUCCAAAACCUGCCUGUUUAUGAACGUCCAGCUGCCAAACUCGAAGAAUUGGGCUUUCAGGUUACAGAGCUGCGUAACAACAUAAACCAGAAGAAAGAGCACAAGAAUGACAACGAGAGGCUCUUGUCUCAGAAGAGAUACAACCUGAGGCAAUGCGUAGAUAGGUUGAAGGAAAUGGAAAAUGCAAAUAACAAACUCUUGAAUGCUCUACGCAAGACUGGAGCUGUUAAUAUAGAAGAAGCAUAUCAAUGGGUGCAACAGCAUCGUCAUGAGUUUAAGAAAGAAGUAUAUGGUCCCAUUUUGUUAGAGGUUAACGUUCCAAAUCGAGACAACGCUUGCUAUUUGGAGGGUCAUGUUGCUUACUAUGCCUGGAAGUCUUUUGUCACCCAGGAUUCCCAGGACCGCGAUUUGCUGGUUAGAAAUCUAAAGCGAUUUGAUGUUCCUGUUCUAAACUACGUGAGGGAUGGCAGCAAUCAAAAGGAUCCCUUUCAUAUUAAUGAUCGUAUGCGUUCUCUUGGGAUCCGUGAUCGGCUUGAUCAGGUAUUUGAUGCUCCUGACGCCGUAAAGGAGGUUUUAAACUCCCAGUUUGGUCUGGAAUACUCGUACAUUGGAUCCAAGGAAACCGAUCAGAGGGCUGAAGAAGUCUCCACCCAGUUGCAAAUUACUGAUUUUUGGACACCGGACAAUCACUACAGGUGGUCUUCCUCAAGGUAUGGUAAGCAUACCUCUGCAAGUGUAGAUUCCGUAUAUCCAUCACGUCUUCUACUAUGUGGGGUGGACGUUGGAGAGCUUGAGAAGCUGAGAUCAAGAAAGGAAGAGUUAGAAGACUCUGUUUCAGCCCUGGAGGAAACUCAUAAGCGUCUUCAAACAGAGCAAAGACUUUUGGAAGAGGAGGCAGCUAAACUUCAUAAAGAAAGGGAGGAGAUCAUUAACGUUUCGAAUCAGGAGAGGAAGAAACGCCGUGAGCUGGAAUCCCGUUAUCAACAAAGGAAGACGAAGCUUGAAUCCCUGGAGCAAGAGGAGGACAUGGAUGCUUCAGUUGCUAAGCUGAAUGAUCAGGCGUCCAGAGCUAACCUUGACCGCUAUUCAUGCGCGAUCAAUCUCAAGAAACUACUCGUGGAGGCUGUUGAUCAUAAGUGGAGUUACGCCCAGAAGCAUUUGGCUUCUAUUGAAUUGGAAAGAAAGAUCAGAGAGUCAGAAGUCAAUCUCAAACAGUAUGAGAAACUGGCGCAGCAGACGUCCCUCAAUGCUGAGUACUGUAAGAAAGAGGUUGAAGAGAAACAAGUGCAGCUAGCAGCUGCCAAGAGAAAUGCAGAAGCUAUCACGAAAAUCACGCCUGAACUUGAAAAGGAGUUUAGGGAGAUGCCUACUACGAUCGAAGAACUGGAAGCGGCUAUACAAGACAAUCUCUCUCAAGCCAAUUCGAUCCUUUUCGUAAACCAGAACAUUCUCCAGGAGUAUGAGCAUCGCCAGAGUCAGAUAGAAACUAUCUCUACAAAGCUCGAAGCUGACAAAAGCGACCUGACCAGGUGCAUGAAAGAAAUCGAGUCGCUGAAGGAGAAGUGGCUUCCAACACUGAGACGGCUUGUUGGUCAGAUAAAUGAAACGUUCAGCCACAACUUCCAAGAAAUGGCAGUUGCAGGAGAAGUCUCAUUGGAUGAGCGGGGCAAUGACUUUGAUCAAUACGGAAUACAUAUCAAAGUGAAAUUCAGGGAAUCUGGGCAACUCCAGGUUCUAAGCUCUUCCCACCAAUCUGGAGGAGAGCGUUCUGUGUCAACUAUCCUUUACCUCGUCUCUCUUCAAGAUCUCACAAACUGUCCUUUCAGGGUUGUUGAUGAGAUUAACCAAGGUAUGGAUCCUAUAAACGAAAGGAAGAUGUUUCAGCAAUUGGUUAGAGCUGCUAGCCAACUCAACACACCACAGUGCUUUUUGCUGACGCCAAAGCUGUUGCCGGAGCUUGAAUACAGUGAAGCGUGUAGCAUUCUGAACAUCAUGAACGGGCCUUGGAUCGAGCAGCCUUCAAAAGUUUGGAGCUUUGGUGAUAGUUGGGGCAAUCUCAUGAGACGAACCGAAGCAAGUCAAUGUUCCUGA